AUGACAAUCUCGAAACGGUACCCAAAAAAUGUCGGCGCAGAGAGGGGCGGCGGGGGCGACUGCUUUACUGCUCCUGACUGGCGAAAGAGUAGGAAUAUCGACAUCGACAACGAUAAUGACAAUGACAAUGAGUAUGUCGAAUUGUCCAAUGCUGCUCCUGCUGGUGCUCCUGCUGGGGCUUCUACGGCUAUGAAUGCUGCUACUACGAAUAUGAAUACAGCUCGAAUGGACGAUAUGUACCGACGCGUUACGAUUCCGCGCGUGGGACACUGGAUUUCCGGCCUGCCGGGCGUGGACCCGGAAAAGUUUACGGAUCAGCGUAAUCCCUUUUUCCUCAGCGCUGCGCGGAUGAAGAUUAUUGGGCUUUCCCAGUCCUCGUCGGGGUCAGCCUCAGCCUCGUCAUCCGCAUCUGCAUCCGCAUCUGUUGCCCAAGGGCAGCAACAGCAAUAUUAUUGGCGUCAUGGUCAUGAUUAUCAUGGUCAUUAUCCUCCAGAAAGAGGCGCAGGUACCGGCACAGGUACCAGCACAAGCACAGAAACAGGCGCCAGCACAAGUACCAGCACAGGCACAAGACUCAUUGAAUUAACACCGAGCCUGGUCCUCAAGUUCGGCCCCAACGUCGUCCUCUCCGAAGCGGCAAACAUGCAAUACGUGCGGUCCAAGACCCGCAGCGUGCCCGUGCCGCGGGUCUACGACGCCUUUGCCGACCCCUCGACGGGCAUCAACUACAUUCUCAUGGAGCGCAUCGUUCCCCGGGCGCGCAAUCUCGGCGACAUGUGGCCUGAGCUCUCGACGCACGAUAAGGUGUGCAUUGCAGACCAGCUGCGCGGCAUGUUUGACGAGUUGCGCAGUCUUGUGCCUCCCUCGAGGGGAUACAUGGGUGGUAUUGGCCUCGUUGGCAGCAGCGUUGGCGGCAGCGGGAGCGGCGGGAGCGGGAUAGACGGUGGCCUACAAGAUCUCCUAUUCCAGCCCAUGCGCAACCGCCAGAUUCGUCACCAAGACACAGACGCCUGGAUAGCGAAUUUCCAAGUCUCGUGUAUAGACCCCGCGAUAUCAGGACCCUUUGAGUCGGAAAGCGCCCUGAAUAGCGCGAUCCUGCAUUUGCUCGGCCAGCUCCUCUCUGAGCCGUUCAUGGAGCUGAUUAGAGACAUGGUUGGAAAAACGCUCGUCGAUCAUGUCUCGGUCUUUACGCAUGGCGAUUUGACCGUCGGGAAUAUCCUCGUCGAUUCAAUUCCAGUCGCUGUGGGAUCUACAGGAACUGGACCUGGGACAGCGGGAAGUGGGCUUGGGAUAGCAGGAGCAGGAACAGAUAUAGGGAGUCCGGUGAAUAGGACGCAGAAGCAGCCUCGCAUUGUAGGGGUCCUGGGAUGGAAAGCAGCAGGAUGGUAUCCCGAGUACUGGGAGUACAGUAAUGCUGCGAUCAGAAGCUGUUGGUUCCCCGAGUGGUUUGAGCUGGUGCAGCAUGUCCUGCAGAGGUAUCCGACGGAGUAUGUCGUCAUGGAUAAACUGAGGGGAUUGCUUCGCUGUUAG